CAGCGAAAAAUCUCUACACAAAACAACUAAGUUCUCGGAUAAAAAGUGUGAAGAGGGUAAAAAAAUUGUAAAAAGAGUGGUGUGUGAAAACUUCCAGAGGACCUGAUAAAAACGUCUUAUUAGGCUGCUAUAGCCGCUUGUCAUGUUUGAGCACGUAGUUUGUGUUUUUUUCCUUCGCUGAGUAUAGGUAUGCGUACCUAUUUAUAUUGGCGUCACUGUUUUCAGUUUACUAUAUUAGAUCGAAGCUUGGAGAAGCGUCGCAACUACCGUGAGCAGUAGUUGCUGAUGCUGCUUGCAACAAUCAAAUACCUCUUAGCUACGUCAAAUAUGUGAACGCUGUGUUUUGGCUAUUUUGAGAAUCAAAACCAUACUUACCAUUUUGUUUUCGUGAAGCGUGCGAGGAUCGUUUACUUACUUAUCCAGUUUAUUUCGGCCCACACGCAGUGCGUUUUAUUUUGUUGUGCAUAUACGGCUAUUCCCAUGGAAUAAAAAUUUGAGAUGAGAGCGAAUCGUUUGUUGUUGUUGGUGCUGCCAGUGAAUUACUUCUGAUUAAAGUCAGGUUUUAAAAGUUCCAUCAAAUAAAGCUUCAAAAAUGGAUAUUUUGAUCAAGAAUGACGCCCAAAUGGCCCUGAAUUUCCUCGAACUUCCCGAAAUUGUUUUGGAAAUGAUUUUCUCCAAGCUCAGCUACGAUGAAAUUGCCAGACUCAGAAUUGUUUGCAAAGCGUUUGAUCACAUCUGCAAGAAGCUGCUCAACAGAGGAUUCAACUUGAUGGAAAAAUAUCACGCGCAGUGCUUGAGAACUGUCAAAAGUCAGUUGCCACGCAGGGAAUCGGAGAGAAGAACUCAUCCCCUUGCAAGACAUUGUGAUAUUCUUACGGCUAUAGAGACAAGAAUAUCAAUGUUAUCCAUGACUUUUACAAAAUACAUUGACUUGAAUCUUUGUUGCUUCAUCCCAGGAAAGGUGAUUGAUGAAAUAUUGAGAGUCUUACGUCUGAUCAGACUCUCAAAAACACCACCCAGAACUCCAGAAAUUUUACAAGAAUUGCGUGACAUCAGUAGCAUGGCAAUGGAACACUUUGAUGAAAAAAUUUUGCCCGACUUUAAAAGUAGUAUCUGUCACACGGUAUCGGCCAAUGUAAGUCAGUAUAACGACAGUCUCUCUCACCUGAUGAUGCCACAUCACACUUCACACCCCAAAAGUUCAACACUGCCGCAUAAUUUACAUCCAUCUACCUGGAAGAAGAUCUGUAAUCGUACCAAAAAGAAUAAAAUUACAAUACUAAGUGUCAAGGGCCAAAUUGGCAAAAUGAAACUGAGGAUGAACAGACAAGCUUCUCAAAUAAGAAAACAAAACGUUAAAUUGCAAGAGCACACGAAAAAAAUACAGGAUCAGAAUCACCAGCUAGCUGAAAUGAAGAAGCAUCUGGAAGAGUGGGAACAAAAACUAGGCGACUUGACAGCCGAAUUGAACCGUGCCAAUAGCUUGGAUAAUUGCAAGAGAAAAACUUGUGAUACUGGGUUACUCAACUCGAAAGAUAUACAGGCGAAAAAACGAAAGUUGAUAGUUGAACGCAAAUCAUCCGUGGACGCGCAAGAUGUCAAAUUCAAAAAAUUUAUGGUGGAUCUUCUAGAUAAACCAAUGGAAGAAUGUAUGUCUGAUUCUAAUUAAACGACCCCCCCUUUUUUAAACAAAUUGUUUGUCAGCAACAAAAGUUCGUGCAAACAAUAAUUUGAUAUUUUAUAAAUUUAAUUAAUAAAUUACGGCUCCAAAAAUAAUCGUGAUUUAUAAAAACCAUCUAAUGAUUAUCAAUGCAUAAGAAAUAAAGCAUUGAUCAUGCAAACCAUGAGCCGGUUGAUAUUAUAUUCUCAUUAGCUAGUUAACCAUAUCUCGGUGUAACCCGCACAAUGGUUUAAUAUGUGCACGUGUAUAUAGAAAAAAAUAAUAAUAAUAAUAAUAAAUAAGAAAUUUUGAUAAUGUAAUCAUUAGAAAAUGCAUGUUUCAUCAUGCAAUCUUGUGAAAUCUAUCUAUUACCAGUUUCGAUGAUUGUUUGUAUUAUAAUUUUGUAACUGUGUUAUAGUAAGCAAACUUUCAAAAGCCCUUUCAUCCUUGGGGAAUCGUAAACAUGAACGAAGACAUAUUUCGAAAAUAACUUGUUAAUAAUAAUUGUUAUUAUUUUUUAUAUUCUCACGAACGACAUUUCUUUGUACUUAUAAAUCAUAAAACUUAAUUUCAUACCGUUUAAACUAUACUCGAAAUUUUUUUUUUUCCCAAUCCAAAAUAAAAAAUAAGUUUUUUUGUGCCAACCACA